AAAAACGGCGAAAUUUUUGCUGAGAGGAGCAGAAAUCCUCCAACUGCCGCGUUGUUUUACAGUGAUGUAGAGAAAAAGGACUGAGUUGCUCCUUAAUAAAACAGCAGGACCCAUGACCCUGACACGAGGUUCCUUCAGCUACUCCAAUGGCGAGGAGUACCACGGCGAAUGGAAAGAAGGUCUGCGUCACGGCCUGGGUCAGCUGACCUUCAGCGACGGGACGUGCUACACCGGACAGUUUGAGAACGGCCUCUUCAACGGCUGCGGGGUGCUGGUCUUCCCCGACGGCUCCAGGUAUGAAGGUGAAUUUGUGCAGGGCAAAUUCCAAGGUGCCGGCGUCUUCAUUCGAUUUGACGGGAUGAGGUUCGAGGGCGAGUUUAAAAGCGGAUGUGUGGAUGGCUACGGAGUGCUGACGUUUUCCGACGGAGGCCCCGGUGGUGGCGGUAGUGGUUCCUGCCAUGAGGGCCUGUUUGAAACCAACCAGCUGAUGAGGAGAGAGAGCAGCCAGGGAGCCGUGCAGAGAGCGCAGGCGGCAGCUGCCAAGGCCCGAGCUCUGGCCAUGUGAUUCGGAAUACAUCACCCACAGUGCCCCUCUUCCAGGAUCAUCCUCUUCCUCCUACCAUCCUCCUCUUGGUUUGAUCAGCUGAUUAUGUUAUUUAUGAAGGGAUUCGAUCAAUUUCUUUCUCAUCUCAUUCCUGCAACAUCCA